AUGAUCAGGCUGACUAUGGAAUACACUAGCCGCUUCACAGAUGUUCUGAACACGAACCACACCGUUUCUCAACAGGAUGCAGAUGAAAUAAUCUCUCUCCUCGUCGAACCCAAGCAGGAAUUGGCUGAACUUGAUAUGGAGUUGGCUACGUUGAGAUCGAGGGUGGAGGAACUGGGAAAUCGGCGUCAAAUAGUGGGAACAUUCGUCGAUUCUCAUCUUGCUUUAGUUUCAUCCUUCCGCCGUCUUCCCGAGGAUGUAAUGACAGAAAUAUUCCUUCGCUGUCUCCCAACCGACAGGAAUCCGGCGCGAAGUGUGGCAGAAGCUCCCCUGCUACUCACCAGAAUCAAUAAGAGAUGCAGGGAUGUAGUGCUCGGUUCGCCGCGAUUGUGGUCUGCGCUUCACAUCUAUGUCCCUCCUUUCGAUGAGGCUCAUGAACGCGACUCGAAGGCCCGCCUCAAACGGCGCGCUGAAGGCAUCGAAGCAUGGCUCAAACGAUCUGGAACUCUACCUCUCAGUCUUUCCAUCGUCGUUUCUCCGUAUAACGAGCCAUCUAGAGGCUCUGCAUACAGGCCAUUGAUUCAUGUGUUGGCUUCGUUUUCUUCACGCUGGGGAACACUCGUACUCAGUCUGCCCUCCUCGUUCAUGAGCGAAUUGGAGAAGAAAGUAGAUGUCGAGAACUUAGCUUCCCUCAGCUCGUUACAGAUCGAUUACUCGAAGCAUUCUGUUCGUUACGGUCAGAUCAACAUGAUGUCCCACCAAUUACCCUCAGCCGACAUCGAGUUCACCCGAGUGCUAUCUAAAGCACCCGAAAUCCGGUCGCUUGCUCUUCAGAACUACAAAUCCAAUGUCUUGAAGUUACCGAUCGCAUGGGACCAUCUCACCGGGCUUGAGCUGAACUCGCGUAGCUCGCAUCAAACCGCCGAAGAACUUUUCGUCGUUCUGAGAGCCGCAGCAUCCUCAUUGGAAUAUUGUAACGUGACAUUAUAUUGUCCCCAUGGCUCCUCCAAUCCAGGCACCGGCAAUGAGUCUUCUUCUCCCACUCAUCCCCAGAUCUCAUUCCCGAAUUUGCACACACUAAAGGUGCAUGUCGAGUUUGCUCCCCAGAUGCAGUUGUUCGGUGGACAGCAGUUUGCGCAGCCGCCGAGUUACUCCCCAGACGCUCUAGCGCUGUUUUUUUCCUCUAUUCUCGCGCCAUCCUUGACCCACUUCACAUUUUCCAUCUACCCUCUUCCAUCCUUUGGCUUCUUCGAUCACAUGCCCUUCCUCAGCAUGAUAAACAGAUCAGAUUGUAAAAUUGAGACCUUCUCCCUUGCUUUCCCAGUGACGACCGCAGCACUGUUAGAAUGCCUACAGUUGUUCCCUUCGUUGAAGAAUUUCCUUUUCAGUGAAUGUUUAUGGGCAAUUACGAAUCAAUUCGACACGCACAACGGGUUUCCCCCAGGCUACCCGUCUCCCACAUCUUUGAGUGGUAAAGCACGAGCAAAUGCGUGUGCCAUUACAGACUCAUUUCUCCGUUCGCUCACCUGGUCUUUCAAAAACCCUCACCCGAUCUGUCCUCAUCUUCAAUCUAUGACCAUCAGUGGGGCCAUUACGCUCUCAGAAACGACGAUUAUCAGGUUCGCUCGGAGUAGGUCACCUUCGAGGAUCAAAUCUGGUGGCAAAAUUGUUGAAGACGAAGACGGUGCUCAGGAUGAAGAUAUCCCGAAGGAAAGAGCCAGUCAACCUCAACCUGGUCCUUCGAUCGCUUCAGUGGUCAGCCCGCUCAAACAACUCAUUGUUCAUUUCGACCGAGAGACGAAGAGAGGCAAAGUCAAACGGUCAGGAGAAGUGUGCGAUGAUAAUAUUUCUCCCAAGUUACAAAAUUUGCGGUCGGAGGAAGGCAUAAAGGUCAGACUGACGUAUCCUUCGCCUCUCGUGCAUCAUGAUUCGCCUUGGGCUGGGCUGGCGACAGGACCUGGGGCAAAUUUUGGUGCAUAUAAUGUUGGGUAUGGUAGUAUGGCCAUGGGACCGAUAGGAAACGGGUUAGACGAUGAUUUAGACGAUGACUUUGAUGAUAUCGACGAAGAUGCGGUUGAAGAAGUGAUGAUGGCUCAUGAUCACCAUGCCGGCGGUGGUGCUUUUCCCGUCAAUUUGGAUGAUAUUUUCGGUGGAGGUAUCACUCUGCAGAAUAUGCAGAAUCUUCCAGCGUAUAUUUAUCCUAUGAAUGGCUGA